AUGCUCAACGUUGAUACAACAGUAAGCGAACAAGUUUUACAACAAAUUCCAAGUCCUACAGUUGAUGAUGAAGAGCUUUCUCGACAGGACGCUGUACCAACUCUUGAUGAGGUUGUAAAGGCAAUUGGACAAAUAAAAAAUAAAAAAGCUCCAGGAAAAGACGAUGUACCAGCGGAACUCCUAAAAGCGGGCGGUCAUUGUGUCGCUGAAUGGUUACAUGAAAUUAUUCACGAUGUAUGGGAACAGGAGAUAAUGGUAAAGGAAUGGGCUGAAGCCAUUAUAAUACGACUAUACAAGAAUAAGGGUGAUAAACGGAUCUGUGACAACUAUCGAGGCAUAUCCCUACUAGAUGUUGCAGGAAAAAUCUUUACCCGAAUCAUACUAAACCGUAUUCAAGCUUCACUUGAUCGAAAGCUGAUGGAGGAGCAAGCAGGCUUUCGUUCUAGAAGAUCCACCAUGGAUCAAGUCUCCAUACUAAAAAUGGUCAUGGAGAGAUCAAGAGAGUUUAAUCAACCUCUACAUAUGUGCUUUAUUGAUCUAAAGAAAGCAUAUGAUUCUGUCAAUCGAAAAGCACUUUGGCGAGUGUGUCGAGCAUAUGGAUUAUCACAAAAGAUAGUUCGAAUGUUGCAACUGCUAUAUGAGGAUACAUCUGCUCAAGUUCGGAUCGAUGA